CAAAGAGACAUGCACAACUCACUUACACUGACUGGUAUGCAUGUAGACAGGUAGUUGUUGCUUUACACAUCUUUAAAAAUUUGAGAGAUUUUACUCUUCAUUUGGUAUAGUUAUUUAUAUUCUCUUUCAGUUCUUAAAUUAGCAAGCCUUCAAAACCAAAAAUGGGUUCGAAAAGUAGCGUGUCUUCUAGGCACCAUUCUCUCAGCUCCUAUGAAAUCAUGUUUGCAGCUCUCUUUGCCAUAUUGGUAGUGCUCUGUGCUGGAUUAAUUGCAGUGUCCUGGCUGACAAUCAAGGAAUCCCAACGAGGUGCAGCACUUGGACAAAGUCAUGAAGCCAGAGGGACAUUUAAAAUAACAUCCGGAGUUUCAUAUAAUCCUAACUUGCAAGACAAACUCUCAGUGGAUUUCAAAGUUCUUGCUUUUGACCUUCAGCAAAUGAUAGAUGAGAUCUUUCUAUCAAGCAAUCUGAAGAAUGAAUAUAAGAACUCAAGAGUUUUACAGUUUGAAAAUGGCAGCAUUAUAGUCACAUUUGACCUUUUCUUUGCCCAGUGGGUGUCAGAUGAAAAUGUAAAAGAAGAACUGAUUCAAGGCGUUGAAGCAAAUAAAUCCAGCCAACUGGCCACUUUCCAUAUUGAUUUGAACAGCGUUGAUAUCCUAGGCAAACUAACAACCACCAGUCAUCUGGCAACUCCAGGAAAUGUCUCAAUAGAGUGCCCACCUGGUUCAAGUCCUUGUGCUGACGCUCUAACGUGUAUAAAAGCUGAUUUAUUUUGUGAUGGAGAAGUAAACUGUCCAGAUGGUUCUGAUGAAGACAAUAAAAUGUGUGCCACAGUUUGUGAUGGAAGAUUUUUGUUAACUGGAUCAUCUGGGUCUUUCCAGGCUACUCAUUAUCCAAAACCUUCUGAAUCAAGUGUUGUCUGCCAGUGGAUCAUACGUGUAAACCAAGGACUUUCUAUUAAACUGAGCUUCGAUCAUUUUAAUAUAUAUUAUAGAGAUACAUUAAAUAUUUAUGAAGGUGUAGGAUCAAGCAAGAUUUUAAGAGCUUCUAUUUGGGAAACUAAUCCUGGCACAAUAAGAAUUUUUUCCAACCAAGUUACUGCCACUUUUCUUAUAGAAUCUGAUGAAAGUGAUUAUGUUGGCUUUGAUGUAACAUAUACUGCAUUUAACAGCAGUGAGCUUAAUAAUUAUGAGAAAAUUAAUUGUAACUUUGAAGAUGGCUUUUGUUUCUGGGUCCAGGAUCUAAAUGAUGACAAUGAAUGGGAAAGGAUUCAGGGAAGCACCUUUCCUCCUUUUACUGGACCCAAUUUUGACCACACUUUUGGCAAUGCUUCAGGAUUUUACAUUUCCACCCCAACUGGACCAGGAGGGAGAAAAGAACAUGUGGGACUUUUAAGCCUCCCCUUGGACCCCACUUUGGAGCCAGCUUGCCUUAGUUUCUGGUAUCAUAUGUAUGGUGAAAAUGUAUAUAAAUUAAGCAUUAAUAUCAGCAAUGACCAAAAUAUGGAGAAGACAGUUUUCCAAAAGGAAGGAAAUUAUGGAGAAAAUUGGAAUUAUGGACAAGUAACCCUAAAUGAAACAGUUAAAUUUAAGGUUGCUUUUAAUGCUUUUAAAAACAAGAUCCUGAGUGAUAUAGCAUUGGAUGACAUUAGCCUAACACAUGGGAUUUGCAAUGGGAGUCUUUAUCCAGAACCAACUUUGGUGCCAACUCCUCCACCAGAACUUCCUACGGACUGUGGAGGACCUUUUGAACUGUGGGAGCCAAAUACAACAUUCAGUUCUAUGAACUUUCCAAACAGCUACCCUAAUCUGGCUUUCUGUGUUUGGAUUUUAAAUGCACAAAAAGGAGAGAAUAUACAACUUCAUUUUCAAGAAUUUGACUUAGAAAAUAUUAACGAUGUAGUUGAAAUAAGAGAUGGUGGAGAAGCUGAUUCCUUGUUCUUAGCUGUGUACACAGGGCCUGGUCCAGUAAAGGAUGUGUUCUCUACCACCAAUAGAAUGACUGUGCUUCUCAUUACUAACGAUGUGUCGGCGAGAGGCGGGUUUAAAGCAAACUUCACUACUGGCUAUCACUUGGGGAUUCCAGAGCCAUGCAAGGAAGACAAUUUUCAAUGUAAAAAUGGAGAAUGUGUUCCACUGGCAAAUCUCUGUGACGGUGAUCUGCACUGUGAGGAUGGCUCCGAUGAAGCAGACUGUGUGCGUCUUUUCAACGGCACAACAAACAACAAUGGUUUAGUGCAGUUCAGAAUCCAGAGCUUAUGGCAUACAGCUUGUGCUGAGAACUGGACCACCCAGAUUUCAAAUGAUGUUUGUCAACUGCUGGGACAAGGGAGUGGAAACUCAUCAAUGCCAAUCUUCUCUACCAAUGGUGGACCAUUUGUCAAAUUAAACACAGCACCUGAUGGCAGCUUAAUACUAACACCCAGUCAACAGUGUUUACAGGAUUCCUUGAUUCGGUUACGGUGUAACCAUAAAUCUUGUGGAAAAAAACUGGUGGCUCAAGACAUCACCCCAAAGAUUGUUGGAGGAAGUAAUGCCGAAGAGGGGGCCUGGCCCUGGGUUGUGGGUCUGUAUUAUGGAGGGCGACUGCUCUGUGGCGCAUCUCUCGUCAGCAGUGACUGGCUGGUGUCCGCCGCACAUUGCGUGUAUGGGAGAAAUUUAGAGCCAUCCAAGUGGACAGCAAUCCUAGGCCUGCAUAUGACAUCAAAUCUGAACUCUCCUCAAACAGUGUCUCGAUUGAUAGAUCAAAUUGUCAUAAACCCUCAUUACAAUAGGCGAAGAAAGGACAACGACAUUGCCAUGAUGCAUCUGGAAUUUAAAGUGAAUUUCACAGAUUACAUACAACCUAUUUGUUUACCAGAAGAAAAUCAAGUUUUUCCUGCAGGAAGAAAUUGUUCUAUUGCUGGUUGGGGGACGGUUGUAUAUCAAGGUAGUACUGCAAACAUACUGCAAGAAGCUGAUGUUCCUCUUCUAUCAAACGAGAAAUGCCAACAGCAGAUGCCAGAAUAUAACAUUACUGAAAAUAUGAUAUGUGCAGGCUAUGAAGAAGGAGGAAUAGAUUCUUGUCAGGGGGAUUCAGGAGGACCGUUAAUGUGCCAAGAAAACAACAGGUGGUUCCUUGCUGGUGUGACCUCAUUUGGAUACAAGUGUGCCCUGCCUAAUCGCCCUGGAGUGUACGCCAGGGUCUCAAGGUUUACCGAAUGGAUACAAAGUUUUCUACAUUAGAACAUUUCUUAAACCAAACAUGAAAGUCGGAUCAUUUUCGCAUUCUACUCUAGAAAGCAUGGAAAUUGUUUAGUACAAAAAUUUUAAUAAGUUACCAAAAGUUUUUAUUCUUACCUAUGCCAAUGAAAUGCUAGGGGGCCAGGGAAACAAAAUUUUAAAAAUAAUAAAAUUCAUCUUAGCAAUACAGAGUAACUUUAAAAUACCAUUAAAUACAUUUUUUAUUUCAUUGUGAACAGGUAUUUCUUCACAGAUCUCAUUUUUUAAAAUUCUUAAUGAUUAUUUUUAUUAUUUACUGUUAUUUAAAGGGAUGUUAUUUUAAAGCAUAUACCAUACACUUAAGAAAUUCGAGCAGAAUUAAAAAAAGAAAGAAAAUAAAUUGUUUUACCCAAAGUAUGUCACUGCUGGAAAUAAACUGCCGUAAAUUUUCUAGUUCCAGUUUAGCUUGCUAUUAGCAGAAUCUCAAUCAUUUCUCUGUCUCUUCUAUCAAAAUUCAUUCUUAUUUCAACAUAUGCAUAACCUUAGUAUUUUCCCCACUAAUGGAAACUAUUUAUUAUAAGCUUAUGUCACAGGCCUGGACUAAAUUGAUUUUACAUUCCUCUUAAAUAAGUUAAUUAAAUAAAAUAUAAAUUAACUGAUACGGUCAUUGUUUAUUAGAUGAAUUUUACCUGGAUUAUGUAUACUGUCUAUUUCAUGCUAGUAUUUUUAAGUCUCAAAAAAAUAAUCAGACACACCAAAGAAAUGCACCUAUUACAAAUCCUGGUCUUGGUUUAUGUGUGUUACAGUGGAUAGUUCUAAUAUGUGAAAAACUUAUUUAGACACAGCUGAAUCGCCCAUGAGAAGGUCAAAUAUGUGGAAUAAAUGAAUUCGCUUCA